AUGACAGAGAAGCCAAACCUGCCACCACUGAAGCAAGGUGAGAUGGUGAGAAUCUACGACCAAAAGAAGUUGAUGUGGGGAGAAAAGGCAACGGUGAAAGAAAAGAUUGCACCUCGUUCGUACAUAGUGGAAACCAAGGACAAAGUUCAAUACAGACGAAACAAGAAACAAUUGAGAAAAAUUACCUCGGAAGUCCAAGACGGAAAUGAUAAAAAUGUAAGCACAACGAAACGAGCGGAGAAACAAGUUGAGACAAAGUCGUUACCCUCGAAUGAAGUAUCAAGAGACAGAUCAAGAUAUGGUAGAACAAUAAAGAAACCUCGUAGAUAUGAACAAUACACUUAA